CGCAAAUCUGUCCUCUCCUGCUUGCCGUAGUAAAGCAAAAGUCAUCUGAAUGAAAAUGUCUUCCGUCAAACUGGUGUCGCUGUGCGCCGCGGCUCCUGGGUUAACAGUCCUGAUGAGCGGCUCAGCGAGCGAGGGGAAGAAGAAGAGCCCGCAGGCUGCUCUGAGCAUCAAUGAGUUGCCGUCUCUGUACACCAGACCUGAAUCGAAGCCUGUGGAGGUGAAGCCAGAGGUGGGGCAGCUGGAGCAGAGCGUCGCAUCGCUGAGGAAAUGGGCCGAGCCGUACACUGACCUGUGUCAGAACAAUGUCCAGGCUGCAGUGGAGAAAGCUGAGCUGGUCUACAGGACGGUGGAGCCGACCAUAAACGGAUCAGUAUCGACCAUCUCCGAAAUGUACCGGUUCCUCAGCGACCCUCCUCCGGACCUCUAUCCCAGCGUGGGGGUGGUUGGAUUCUCCGGCUUCCUGGGACUUUAUUUGGCCAAAGGCUCCAGGAUGAAGCGCUCGGUGUUUCCUGUGGGCCUCAUGGCCCUGACGGCCUCCAUGUUUUACCCCCGGCAGGCUGCCACCGUGCUGAAGGUGAGUCGAGACCAGGUGCUCAUCUGGACGCAGCAGGGCCGCGUUGCUAUGGAGACUCUUUGGAAAGAUCCUCCAUUCAGUAAGAAAAAGGUGGUGAAGCCCAAGAAGACAGAACCAGCAGAGAGCAGCGACACAAACAGCUGAGUUAAACACGCUGAGCAGCUCUUGUGGACCUCCUGGACCACCACAGAAACCUGUGUGAGCUUCUUAACACCAACUAGCUGCUGUGUUUAGUUUUAAUGGAGUCCACAGUCGGUCCUGAGCGCAGCCUUUUCCGAGAAGCAGCUGGGUCAUGAUGGGUUAAAUUUGCUUCUUGGAAACGGUUCUUCAAGGUCCUCUUCCUCUUUUCUCACCACUGCCUCACAUCUGCGACCUCAGCUCUUCAACAACGAAGGUCACAGUGUCCCAGAACACCUGUCUGGUGGGUCCCACAGCUACAUAUAAACAGUUUGGGGUCAGUUUGAUCACACCUCAUGUAGUUUAGUUGAUUAAACUACAUAAUUGGGGUUUUAUGAUAACGUUUCUGAGUUUAAAAAUAUAUUCCUAAGAUUCACAAAACCAGUUGACAGUUCAGGAACUUU